AUGGUAGAGUACCACAAGCGCUUCAUUGAGCUCGCCCGUUUUGCUCGGACGUUGGUUCCCACCGAGUUGGCAAAGUUCGAGAAGUUUGUGGUGGGGCUCAACUACGAAGCCCGGAAGGCGUUAACUGUGAGCAAGCCAAGGACGCUGAACGAAGCCUAUCUGAGCGCAACUGAUUUGCAUCGAGUGCAACAACUUCAGCGAGGGUCUUUUGAGUUCACCAAGAAGAGAAGUGAAGGAAGUGGGUCCCACAGUUACAAGAAGCCGAGACAAUAUUUUAGAGCCAGACCCGCACCUCCCCCGCCUCAAGGAUCGACUCGGGUCGAAGGUGGAGAAAAAGAGAGGCCUUUCGGAUGCAAGAGAUGUGGGAAGGACCACGUUGGGAAGGAUUUCCAAGGGAACGCACUUCGGUGUUUCAAGUGCGGGGAAAGGAGUCACAAGGCUUUCGAGUGCCCUCUCCAAGCUAAUCAAAGAGCCUUGCCAUCCAAUGCGAGACCUAGUGGACCUUCGGGAGGGAGUUCCUGGCGAGGUGUGACAGGGACAAGGCCUCCGGGUAGAGUGUUCGUAAUGGGUCGGUCGUAG